AUGAAAAGGCCGAGCCCCACACGGGUCAAUCAUCAUGUGGAAUUUUGGAAAGUCAAGAUCCAUGGAUUUGGACAAUUCCCAGAGAGCCAGCGAGCAAUGGAGAUUUUAUUGAAAGAGAAACAAGUGCAAUCCAAAGCAAUCUUGCAAGAAGCAGGUGCAACUAAGAAGAAACUGCGCAAGGGGUCCCAUUCCCUAGUCCCGACGGAGCUGGAACGUCAUGGUGCUGACUUAAAUGAUCCUCUUUGGAGUGCCAAAUGCCUUAUUAGCUCUCCUCAUCUUAUAAGAAGGGUGCACCUAGAUUACCUGGAAGCUGGUGCAAACAUUAUAAUUUCUGCAUCUUAUCAGGCUACACUUCAGGGAUUUGAAGCAAAGGGCAUAUCAAAGGAAGAAGGUGAAGCAUUACUUAAGAGAAGCGUGGAGAUAGCAUGUGAAGCGCGAAACAUAUAUAACGACAGAGCUGCAAAAGGUUCUUGGGAUGAUUUUGAUAAUGGAAGUAAUUUGAAUCGUAAACCUAUCUUGGUUGUAGCAUCUGUGGGAAGCUAUGGCGCUUAUUUGGCUGAUGGUUCUGAAUAUAGUGGAAUUUAUGGUGAUGCAAUCAUGGUGAAAACUCUUAAAGAUUUUCAUCGAAGGAGAAUUCAGGUUCUUGCCAAUUCAGGUGCUGAUUUGAUUGCAUUCGAAACAACUCCGAACAAAAUGGAAGCUCAGGCUUAUGCUGAGCUUCUUGAGGAAGAGGACAUAAAUAUUCCUGCCUGGUUUUCCUUCAGUUCUAAAGAUGGUACCAAUGUAGUCAGUGGGGAUUCCAUGGUAGAAUGUGCUUCGAUCGCUGAUUCGUGUAAGCAAGUUGUUGGAAUUGGAAUCAAUUGUACCCCUCCUAGAUAUAUUCAAGGGCUGAUCCAAUCGAUCCGAAAGGUAACAAGUAAACCAGUACUUGUAUAUCCUAACAGUGGUGAAACUUAUGAUAGUGAAAGGAAGGAAUGGGUGGCUACAACGGGUGUUGCAGAGGAAGAUUUCGUGUCAUACGUAGACAAGUGGUGUGAUGCUGGAGCUUCUCUCGUCGGAGGUUGUUGCAGGACAACCCCAAAUACCAUUAGGGCUAUUUCCAAGCUUCUUUCCAGCAGGGCUCACAAGGGCUAAUACGUUGGACUGAUGGAUCACUCAAAGGCAAAGGCUAUAAUAAUGUGUUGCUCCGAGUUUUGUGUAUUUGAAUAAAAACAGAACAAUAAUACAUUAUAUAGUGUCUACCUUUGUGUUAGUGGUAAAUAAAUCACAGUCUAGCUCUGUGGCCGAUAAAGCCAAUCAGUCUAAUGCUUUAAUUAAAUAUAGUUAGGAAUCAAUUGUAUGAAUAUUCUCUUUUAUAUAUCCAUGCUGCAGAUUGUAAUUUGAUAGUCUCUGUUUGACCAAAAAGUGUAAAUUUUCCGUUAAACUAAUUAAUUUUUGUGUAA